CAGGCCCGGCCGCGGGCCAGAGAUGGCGAGCCCCGGGCGCCAUCAGCGCUCCGUGAGGGCCGCCCCAUGGCGGCGGGGCCGGGCCGGGCGCUGCUCCCCGCCCCUCCGAGCCGUGGCGAGCCGUGCCGGUCCGGGCCGGGUUCCCCAUUGCCAGCAUGGCCCCGACGCUGCUGGAGCUGGCGCACUGGAGCACCUGGGCGGUGUGCGCCGUGCUCAAGCUGCCGCAGCUGGCGGCCGUGCUGGCGGCCGGCUCGGCGAGGGGGGUCAGCCUCGGCAGCCUCCUGCUGGAGCUGGCCGGUUUCCUCGUGUUUCUGAGGUACCAGAUUUAUUACGGUUACCCUGUGCAGACAUACCUGGAAUAUCCCAUCAUCAUUGCACAAGAUGCCGUUCUCCUUUUGUUUGUUCUGCGUUUCAAUGGAAACAUGAAACGAGCUUUGCUCUAUGCAGUCAUGUUUUGGGGAGGCUGGUACGUGCUAACACUGCGGAAGUGGAUAAUAGACCUGGCCAUGAAUUUGUGCACGCUCAUCAGUGCAGCAAGUAAGCUGGCUCAGCUGCGGUGUCUGUGGCAGACAAAAGAUUCUGGACAAGUGAGCGCCUUGACCUGGAGCAUGUCUGCAUACACCUGUGCAACAAGAAUAUUUACAACUGUAAUGACCACAAAUGAUCUCUCAGUUCUCAUCCGUUUCAUAUCCAUGCUCAUUCUCAAUAUUUGGGUCACGGUCACAAUUCUGCGCUACAGGAAAACUAAAAAGACUGACUAGAAGACAAUCAUCAGCACACAACAUAAAAAAAAAAAAACAGCAAAAAAGCAGAUAUAAUUAAGCUUAAACAACAAAACAAAAGUUGAGGCAGCUCUCUCUCUUAAGCCUUGUUUUUAUCUCUAAACAUAUUUAGUACAUUCCUGCUUAUUUUCUCUUGGAAAUAAUUCUUUUAAGAUACUUAAUUUAAGCAGCAUAUUUUUAUUGGUUAUUUAAGAGAAGUUUCACUCAUAGCACAUUUUCUAUGGAGUUUUUUACUAAAUGAACAAGGUAUUUUGUAUUUAGAUGUUUAUAUAUUCUCAUAUCACUUCAGUACUUCCUGGUUACAUAGAAACAAUUAUUUUCUUCAAUUAUUCAAGAGCUAUUUUGUGCCAACACAUCAAUGCCUCUUUCUGCAUCUGCUGCAAGUUUGAAAACAACAGAUGUUUGUCUUUUUCUUGCAAUCAUCUCAUUAUAUAUAAUAUCUCAGAUAUUAGCUAUCUGUAUUUUAGGAUAAAGAAAAUCUGAAUAAAGGCCCAAUUCAAAAUAAGAUUUUAAAGGUGUUUUACUAAGUCACAAAUCCAGCUGGGCCUGCAGCACUUGCAUGCAACACUUAAACAGUACAAUGUAUACAGCUGAUACAGGACACCCGUGGUCAUUUUCUAUAAUGUACCCAUUUUUUAUUAUGAUAAGAGCAAAAACUCAGUUAUGUAUUCUUCUUUUUCAACCUGAAUAUUCACUGAACAUACUGUUUUGGGAACAGCAGAAGCUGGAAGGUAUAGAAAUUAAGGGGACUUUGAGCUACUGAGUUAAAAAUACUGUUCAAGCAGAAGUCCUGAACUGAUGCCCAGUCUCCAAAUGCAAUCCAUAUGGGCAGUGACCCAUUUACAAGUGCAGCUUGAUGCAUCAAGACAAACUCAUCUCCAGUGUUUUUUGAUGAUACUACUCUGUGCUUUAUUACUUUUUAACCUGUCUGUCCUGAAGAACUGGAAGACUUCAGUUGAAUUUUUACUUUGGAGAUUUUAAUCAGUUACUAGUAGGUAUAUUUAAAUAGGGAAAAGUAUAUUCUUGAAUAUUAUAACAGGAUUUUAUUUUUGGAAGUAGUACCAUUCCAGCCAAAAGUUACAGAAGUAACCAGAGUAGUAUAGUAACCAUUCAUCUCUCAUUACAUUCUCCAAAAUGAAAAAAAUAGGGCUUUUCAAAAGAGUUUUUAUAGUAUUACUAUUGAUUGGCAUGCUAAAACCCAGGCACCCUUGAUCCUGACAUGCUUGAAAACUAUAGGAAGACUCGGAAGACUCCAUUGACUGUGAUUGAGGCAGGCUUUCCUUGAAAUGUGCUAAACCAUUGGACUCCUCUAGAACAGCAAGAUCUGCAAAAAGGGGAUGUUCUGCCAGCGUUCUGCCACUGGGAGAAGAGCCUACUCUGCAAUCUCCUUGAGACCUUGACUAUCAGAAAAUAUAGCUGCUUUGUAAGCUCUGGUUUUGGGGUGGGAAGGGCUGGGAAGAAGUAUGUCUGUGGACAUACGAUUUCACGUAUCUCACAUUAUUGAGAGCAAGUUAAAAGAUGAGGUUUUUUUACUGCUCCAAUAAAACUGUAUAAAUGCUCAGAAGUUUCUGUGUUGGUUGAGAGAGUAACUGUAAACAUUCUGCUAUUGAUUUACUAAAGCUGUGUUAAAUAUCCAAACUGGUCUAAAUAAUUUGGUGGCAGGUGGUAUGUUAUACAUUUUCCAGGUCAUGCUAAUAAAUGGUACUCAUCA